AGGGAUUCAUUCUGCACAGCCUUCAGUUCCCUUCUUCUCCUUCCUGUGAACUUAGUGUCUUCUGUCUGUGAGCUCAGUGUUCUUCCUGCUCACCCUUCUAACUAAGCUCCUCACCAUGAACAGACAAGCCUGCAAAAUAUCUGGAGGCAGGAGCCAGGGCUUCUCUGGCCGCUCAGCUGUGGUCUCUGGUGGCAGCAGGAUGAGCUGUGUGGCUCGAACUGGGGGCUCUAGUGGAGGGUUUCGGAGUGGAGCAGGCAACUUUGGCAGUCAGAGUCUCUAUAACCUGGGUGGCAACAAGAGGAUCUCUAUCAGUGUGGCAGCUGGUGGCUCUCGGGCUGGUGGCUUUGGUGGAUACAACAGUUGUGGGAGUGGCUUUGGGGGUAGCUAUGGAGGUGCCUUUGGGGGUGGUUCUGGAGGCAAUUUUGGCAGUGGCUUUGGUGGUAGCAGAGGAAUGGGAAGUGUCUUUGGUGGAGCUGGUGGCUUUGGAGGGGCUGGUGGUUCUGGUGGUCUUGGCUUUAGUGGGCCUGGUGGCUUUGGCCCUGGUUGUUUUCCUGGGGGAAUCCAAGAAGUGACUGUGAAUCAGAGCCUGCUACAGCCCCUCAGUGUGGAGAUUGACCCCCAGAUUGGGCAAGUCAAGGCCCAGGAACGUGAGCAGAUCAAGACUCUCAACAACAAGUUUGCCUCCUUCAUCGACAAGGUGCGCUUCUUGGAGCAACAGAACAAGGUUCUGGAGACUAAGUGGGAGCUACUCCAGCAGCAGGGCAGCGGUUCCACCACUGGUACCAACAACCUUGAGCCUCUUUUUGAGAACUACAUUAACCAUCUACGGAGUCACCUGGAUGGGAUCCUUGGGGAGAGAGGCCACCUGGACUCAGAGCUAAGGAAUAUGCAGGACCUGGUUGAGGACUUCAAGAAGAAAUAUGAGGAUGAAAUAAACAAACGUACUGUGGUUGAGAAUGAAUUUGUGACUCUGAAGAAGGAUGUGGAUGCUGCCUAUCUGAACAAGGUGGAGCUUCAGGCCAAGAUGGACGCCCUGGUAGAUGAGAUCAACUUCAUGAGGACCCUCUGUGAUGCAGAGCUGUCCCAGAUGCAAAGUCAUGUCAGUGACACAUCUGUGAUCCUAUCCAUGGACAACAACCGUGAUCUGGACCUGGACAGCAUCAUUGAGGAGGUCCGUGGUCAGUAUGAGGACAUUGCCCAGAGGAGUAAGGCUGAGGCCGAGGUGCUGUACCAGACCAAGUUGGGAGAGUUGCAGACUACCGCUGGCAGGCAUGGGGAUGACCUGCGGAACACCAAGAGUGAGAUCAUGGAGCUCAACAGGAUGAUCCAAAGGCUGCGGGCAGAGAUUGAGAAUGUCAAGAAGCAGAAUGCCAACCUGCAGACAUCCAUCGCAGAAGCUGAGCAGCGUGGGGAGAUGGCCCUCAAGGAUGCCAAUGCCAAGCUUCAAGACUUGCAAGUUGCACUGCAGAAGGCCAAGGAUGACCUGGCCAGGCUGCUGCGUGACUACCAGGAGCUGAUGAAUGUCAAGUUGGCCUUGGAUGUGGAGAUUGCCACCUACCGCAAGCUGCUGGAGGGCGAGGAGUGCAGGAUGUCUGGAGAGUGCCAGAGUGCUGUCAGCAUCUCUGUGGUCAACAGCAGCAGCACGACUUCGGCUUUGGCAGGCGGUUAUGGGGGUAGUUAUGGUGUUGGCUUCAGUGUAGGAGGCACUGGCACAGGCAGUGGCUUUGGCCUGGGAGGGGGCAGCGGAAUUGGCAGUGGCAGUGGCUUUGGCAGUAGCAGUGGAUUUGGCGGCAGCAGCAGUUCCGGUGGUGGCAGCAGCUUUGGCUCUGGCUCUGUGAGUCACAGCGGAGUCAGUGGUAGGGGCUUUGGUUCAGGUAGCAAUCGGAGUGGGAGUGUCCAGUUCUCCCAAUCCUCCCAGCGCUACUCCAGAUAAAGCAGGAAGUAUGUUCACCAACAUCACAGCCGCCUCAGCACCUCUUUUCCCAGCUGUCCCUCCCUUCCCAGUGUCCUGUUGCCCCUGCCCUUUAGGGAGUGGCUCUUCGGCUGGAAGGCUGGGACUCUUGCUCUUCCACGUGGGUCCCUGGCCCAGCCCAGCCACAAGGAUUUCAAGUUCUCUUCUCUCUGGCUGCAGUCUAUGCCUGUGAUUAUCCAGGUGUGGCCUCACUGCCUGCUGUCCUUGGAAUUCUCCCUUCCCUGAAAGUCAUCCCAGUUCUGGUGUAUAUAACUUGUAGUUCCUUCUGCCCACUGUUCUGUCACCAAUA